AUGACUUUAGUGAAAGAACUCAUCAAUAGUAUAAAAGCCAAUCAAAAGAUCAUCAAACCUUCUAAACCAUUGGUUUGGAUUGAUUGUGAGAUGACAGGUUUGAAUAUCACCAAAGACUAUAUAAUCGAAAUUUGUUGUAUUAUCACAGAUGGUAAAUUGAAUAUCAUAGAUGAAAAAGGCUAUGAAUCCACAGUUUAUUAUGAUGAUUCAGUUUUAUCGACUAUGAAUGAUUGGUGUCAGGAACAUCAUAGAAAAUCAGGACUUUAUGACAAAGUAUUGAAUAAUCCACAAAGAUCUUUGAGUAUUGUCCAAGAUGAACUCUUGGAGUAUAUCAAGAAAUAUGUUGACCCAAAUAAAGGUAUUUUAUCAGGUAACUCAGUUCAUAUGGAUAAGUUUUUCAUGCAGAAAGAUUUCCCAAAAGUCAUCGAUUACUUGCAUUACAGGUUAGUAGAUGUGAGUUCUAUCAUGGAAGUUGGGAACAGACAUAAUCCAAAGUUAAUGCAAUUCCAACCAAAGAAAAUCAAAGAUCAUACUGCAAAACUGGAUAUUUUGGAGAGUAUUGGUCAAUUGAAAUGGUUUCAAGAAAACUAUCUUAAGUCGGAACAAGAAUCACAAUCAUUGAUCCAAAAAUAUGAGAAGGAACGGGAUGAAGAGUUUGCCACGAAAUCCUAA